GUGGCUCAUUAUUUGUUUUCGAAGCGACAACUUAAAAACGUUACAGUUUUGUUCUUGUGUGUGACAUUUUCUCUUGCCGAUAUUUUGAAUUGAAAUAUUUUGUGAAAAAAAUGUUUCCCAAAAAGAGCCUUAUUUGUUUGGGAUUAAUUUUGGUGGUGACCAUGUGUGUGCAAUCACAAAUUAUGACCGGAGGCGUAAAGACUGUUACCAAUUUACAAGAAGUUGAAAGGGAAUUGAGAAUGUCCCUGUCUAAACUGGAAGCUGGCGAUGGUCCGCAUUAUAAGUUGCGCAAAGUUAACAAAGCCACUAGACAAGUUGUGGCUGGAUCCUUGACGAAAAUUGAGGCUGAUUUGGAGGAUUCAGCCGGUAAAGUCAAACCAUGUAAAGUAUCAAUAUGGUCUCGACCAUGGUUGCCAAAUGGAAUUGAAGUCACCUUCGAAUGCGAUGGCGAACCCAAAGUGAUUAGGAAACAUAAUGCCUGAGACGAAAAAACAAAGAAAAACGAAUGAAAUUAAAAACUGCAAGCUUUCAGUUCCUUAUAUAAUAACAACAGUAUAUGCAUUAUUUAAACAAUUAUUAUAUUAAAAUAUAAAUUAAAUAAAAUUACAAUUGCUUCUAUUUCAA